AUGUCGUCCGGCUCAGAUUCUCAGAACCAAAGCUACAGCCUAGGCAAUGAUUUGUCGGUAAGUUACUUCUUCUCUUCUUCAUUUUCUAGUUCACCACCACCUAGCCCUAGGAAAUCAACCUCCAUCCCAACCCAAUCAAAAGCCUCUUACGGCGGCGCUACCUCUGCUCAGCGUCUGGCCGCCCCUACACCUCCUUCCACCUCCAUGAAAGCUUUGGCCAAGAGCUCCAAGAAACCUGUAAACCCUCCGGCCAAAACUUCUCUGCCUAGGGCUAAAACCCCACAAAAACCCAAGUCUGCCCCUAAACCAAGGGUAAAGACACCAGCCAAGACCAGGACGCGUCCGUCAUUUAUGGCCGUGUCCAAACCUUAUACCAAGCCUGCCCUACUACCAUUUAUCCCGAACAUAACCUUGGUGGGUGCAACACAUGAACCCCUUCCUACCUAUGCCCAUACCGCACCAUCUCCAACAGUGCGUCCACCUCCCCCUCUAUCCCUUGAACCCUUAGCCACAAUUUACUCGGUGGAAUCAGACACGUCUAACCAGCCAUCACCUUCACCCAUCCUAAUAUCCUCUCCGGGGAAGCCUCACACCCCUGUGGGCACCCCGCCAUUCACUCCACCUAUCCCAGCCUCUGACAGUCCUACGUCAGAGCAUAACCUUGAAGACUUGGCAGAGUUAGCAACACGUGAUGAAGAGGAAGUAUUUGGAGCUAUUCUAGCAACGCUUAACCAAGAGCAAGAAGCAACUCAAGUGAUACGUUCCGAUCCACCAAACGCAUCAUUCGAGUUGGAUGAACCAGAAAGAUAUGCAGCAAUGCUAGAAUAA